CCUGGUUCCGAGAAGGCGAAUUGGAAUCUUAUUGCCCAACCUGUCCUGCGGUUGAUCUCAUUUUCAGGUAUACCCUUUGCUAUUAUAUACCGUAUACUUUUGUAUCUUUCCAAUUAUUCUAUCUUCAAUUUUUUAUACACCUUUAUAUCUCGGUUUACAUCUCUUGGACGAAGCUGCGUGUAGGUGGCGUGGGUGGUUCAUUCAGAGCGCAAGCUUUUCAAAUUGCGGGACGCGCUCCCUUCCAACAAUACAUGGACCCCGCCCAAAAAGCCCAGCAUCUCCAGACAAGCUCCAUGAGCACGUGGGACGGUUUCCGUCGGUUUGCCAGACACUCGCGCUCCAAGUAGCUAGCCCGACUUCGCCGUCUACACCCUCCCUGCGCCAUCUCGGUGCCCGAUACACGGCUGCGAAACAUCCUAGACCGUCGCAUCCGACACACUUUGUGUUCUCGCCCAUCGACCUUGCAGAUUGCUGGGGCGUUGGUGGGGUUGGUUGCGAAGCCGACAAAUCCACAGGCGAGCCAGCCAUAGCUGCGACAGGGCCUUGCGCAGAAAUGCCGGCCUUUACGACGAGCCAGGAGUGGCUUCACCAGUCACAGCUGCUGCUCGAGGCUCGCCCCUCAACUACGAGGAUAACGACGCGCUACUCGGUCCGCCCCGCCGAGAGGAAGCCGCCCAAGGACGGCGAGGCGCUGCCGGACGCUAAGCCGCCGCGCGCGCGCCUGGUGCUCAAGACGUACGACGACGCCAGCGGCGCGUGCCUCAAGUACCGCACCUCCAAGGCCGCCGAGGUCUCGCGCCUGGUCCAGCUGCUCGGCAGCCUGGGCCGGCGCAUGGCCGCCCUCCCGCCCCGCGACGACGGGCUGCUCGACUCGUCCGCCCCGGCAGCAUCGUCGGCCGCGCCCGAGGCGGCGACUGCCGACUCGGCCGCUCUAGCCGCACAAGCCUCGGCCGGGACAUCACAGCAACAAGGAGGCGCCGCGGGAGGUGCCAAGGGCAAGAAGAAGAAGGGGAAGCGGUAGUCCAUAAGUCAUGCCUAGAGUUUUCGAUGACAUUGAAUCGGCUGGGACAACGCUAGAACGUCGUGGGCACAGAAAGGAGACGUGCGAUUAUAUACACACGGAAUAAAUCCGGGAUCCAAACCAAAAUUCUUCAUAAGAUUAUCUGUGGCAUUACGUCUUGAGAGUAUUUCUCUACACAAAAUGCAGCAUACCGCCGUCCAUAUCCGGGUUCCUACUAUCCUAAUCUUCGUCCUUGUACAUAAAAUAAGAACAAAAUGAUGGACUCCAAACGCCGCUUCCCGAGGUGUAUAAGCACAUCGGCGGUGCUAGACACAGAUGACCAAACAAAAUAGGUGGCUACACAAGACGCUUGAAAAGAAGGGGCCGUAAGAAGGGAAGUUUAUAUAAACAAAGGUGGGAUGGGUUGAAAGAGUAAAGGGCAUAAACCAGAGGCUGUGAUAUGAAGAUAAAAAUGGUGGGUAUACAAGAGAAAUCGAGCAAGAGUGGCGAUGAGGCAAAGGGCACAUCAGCGCUCAGAAGUCGUCGUCAAAGGUGAAGU